UGGGCAAUACAUAAUCUUUUUCAUCGAUGCAUUAUUUCGAAUUUAUUGGAAAUGGACGUCAUCACCUGUUGGUUACUCUGUCAUCUGGCUAUUAUUCGUCAUGCACGUGAAAGUAAGGUUGCUGUCAAAAUUAUCGAUAUUACGAAGAUCAAAGAAGAAUACAUCCUGAAAAACUUGCAUCGAGAAGCGAGAAUAAUGGCGCAGUUACGACAUCCCUGUAUUGUCAGCUUGUUUCAAACUAUGCAGAACGACAACAUUUACUACCUCGUGACGGAACUAAUCGGCGGAGGAGACCUUUGCACUUUCAUUAAAUCCCAAAAGUAUGGAAAGCUGGACGAAAGGAAUACGAGGGUGUACGCGCGUCAAUUAAUUUCGGCGCUGGCUCACAUGCACAGCCUGGGGGUCGUUCAUCGGGACCUGAAAAUGGAAAAUAUAAUGAUCAAUUCGAUCCGUACGCAAAUUAAAAUAGUAGACUUUGGUUUGAGUAACAUCUACCAUCCAAACAGUCCGUUGCACACCCACUGUGGCUCCCCUGAAUACGCAGCUCCAGAGCUAUUUGUUCCUUCAAAAUGUUACGGACCCGAGGUGGAUCUGUGGAGCUUGGGGGUUAUCUUAUUUGGUAUGGUCGCCGGUCAGUUGCCUUUUGUUGCAGUACACGAAGAGAACGUAACAUCGCAGGAACGUCGUAAAAAGCUAUUGAUGCAAAUCAAUAAAGGGUAUUGCAAUGUUCAACGAAAGAUAUUAUCACUGGUUUCUGCAGAAUUUAGAUCUUUGGUAGCGCGAUUGCUAGUGGCCGACGCUCUAAAGCGUAUUUCAAUUCAAGAACUACUAAAUCAUACUUGGGUAACUGAUAAAGGUAGAAAGUCUGUUAUCGUAGACCCAUUUGAGCCUCUAGACGAACAGUGGAACGUCUCGGUGAUGAAGAAAGUGGGAAGUAUUCUGCAGAUCGAAUGGAGAACUGUGAAAUAUGCAAUUAACUCAGAACCUUAUGGGGACAUCGCGGGUACUUACAACAUAUUCGUCCACAAGUUAUAUUCGGAUAGAUUAGAAGGCGAUGGUAUCACCAAAACAUUUUUUCCGCCAGUCUACGCUUACGGAUCUCCCAUUCGUAGUGCUAGUCCUCGUGCAGGAGGAAAUAGUGCGAAAAAGCGUGCAGAAAGAAUUAAGUCCCCUUCAGUGCACAAGCUUCAAAGAAUAUCGCGAGAAAAUUCUCCUCUCAAUGGACUAGUGAACCCCCCGCCAGUGGACAAGCGUCCCCAAACAUCGACCGGAGGAUACCAACUGAGGAAAACGCCUGUCGCAGAACACCACCAAAUGCUAACCGCCGAUGCCCGAAAUCGUAUGGAGAUAGAAGCAGAUUUAAAAUGUGCAACGCGCCAUUGGUUCUCUCCAACCCAGAAAACAACACUUAAAACCUUGCUCAACAACCCGUUGAACGCACAGCGUUUAUCACCGGGCUUUCCGAUCAGAGACCAGACCCAAUUAAACCGUACAAAUUCAAAGAAUGAUCUACGCCCGAGAGGAAUUUCGAAAACGGUGAAGAAAAGCUCCAAUCAAGAAAAUCGUGAUUUCAUAAAUAAUUUUCAAGCGGAGAACGUGCCACCGACAAGGCUGCGUAAUAAGUCGAGCAGUCACGCUUCCAGCAAACGUUCUGUAUCCACCUCCACUCCCACCAAGGGAAGCAGGGUCAUAACAGUAAUGGGAACGUCCAGCGAUCCUAAACCAAGUUCAGCCUUGGUUGGUCAAAAAAAUCCACCCGUGCGAAGUCGACGUGUCGUAACGUCCAAACCGGUGCAGAGCGUCGGCCGAGCCCAGUACGAAGAGGGUGAUAAAUACAAGCCACGGCCUUAUUCUACCGAUUCCUGCAAGCAUUAUUCGACACCUCAACGGAAUAUCUUCACUGAUCCUAUUGCCAGAUCGAUAGCAGGGUACCUUGCCAAGAAUAUGCCAAAUAAUGCUUAUUCGGCGAUGCAAAGAUCACCAAAGACACGUACUACUAAUACACCAAAUGCAUUUAUACAAUAAACGAUGUUUGGUCUAAUAAAUAUAUUCUAAAUUUGUA